ACACUUGAAAACCAAGCACCCCUCUCUUGCUGCUAAACCAGUAGAUUUUUUCCGACGAAAGGAGCGAGAGUUGCAAGGCCAAAAGAAAGUUCUAACUAAACAAACAACAAUCCCUGCCAAAGCUCAACAGGCAUCAUAUGAGGUGGCAUAUUUAAUUGCACUGGCAAAAAAGCCACACACGAUCGGUGAAACCCUUAUCAAACCCGCUGCUAUAGCAAUAAGUCGGGCUAUGCAUGGGGAUAAACUGGCCCGUGAGCUAGAAGCAGUGCCUCUGUCUAACGGGACUAUUGCCCGGCGCAUCUCCGACAUGGCCCAGGACAUAAAGUGUCAGCUGGUGGACAGAGUGAAGAAAGGGAAAUAUGCUUUACAAUUAGAUGAAUCCACAGAUGUAUCAAACUCUCCCCAGCUGCUUGUAUUCGUCAGAUACAGUUUUGACGGAAAACUUAACGAGGACAUUCUGUUUUGCACCGCGCUUGAGGGAACGUGCACAGGCGAGGACAUUUUCACAAAAGUUGACAACAAACUAAAAGAAGAGGGACUGUCUUGGGGUGAGUGCAUCGGUGUGUGUACAGAUGGUGCUGGAGCGAUGCUGGGGAAAAAGAAAGGUCUUAAAGCAAGAGUCUUGCAAGUGGCGCCUCACAUAAAUUUCACGCAUUGCAUUAUACACAGAGAAGCUCUUGCGAGCAAAACCCUUGACCCAGAACUUAAACGUGUUCUUGAAACCGCGAUAAAAAUUGUCAACUACAUAAAAGCGCGUCCACUCAAUAUCAGGCUGUUUGCCACUCUCUGUCACGAACUGGGAUCGGAGCAUGAGUGCUUGCUGCUCCACACAGAAGUCAGGUAG